GAUCAGGAAGAUAUAGAUGGGCCCAUAAUUAUUCCAAGUAAAACUGAAAUCGUAUUACAAAAACAUCAAAAUUUUACACUUAAAUGUAAAGGGAAAAGACAACUACACAUAAAGCAACAGGAUAUACCGGAAGAAAAUGUGGGAACUUUUCAUAUCAAGGAAAGGAAAUUAAUUUCAACAGACCCUAAUAAUCCUUUUGAAGUAGCUUUUGAUCUUUACAAUGUUGAUCAGUAUGCCGUCGGAUAUUAUGCUUGCUUUGAUGAUACAGUCGACAAUAAUACCAUUCUAAAUGAUAUAAAGGAAGAGCUGAUUAACACUGAGCAUGUUACCUAUAUUUACAUUUACGUUAACGGAACUGACGUUUUAUUUGCACCUAUGUCGGAGUAUUUUGUAAUUACGGGAGGAUCAAAAUACGCCACACUGCCGUGUAAGCCGACUAUGCCAGAUAUAAACAUUACGUUGACAUUUGUGAAUUCUUCGGGUAGCAAGACACCAGUACCAGUAGCAUAUAAAAAAUUCUCGCCAAAGAUUGGGUUUUUAAUAGAGGCAAUUAAGACUCCUUAUAAAUGCAACGGCAGAAGAGGAAAUGAUACCUCUACUAAAAAUCUAAUGCCGAGACGAAAUGACGUAUGGCAGCCUAAGUGGACAAUUCAAGGCCAACAGUUUUUUUUGGCCGGUGAGAAUUUUACCCUGAAUUGUUCGGUGAAAUAUCAGCUGAAUUCACCGGUUGCAUUGUCAUGGGAAGUUCCACUAAAUGCAAAGAGUUUUUUUAUCAACACAUCAAAUGAAUUAAACGUGGCCCCCGGUGAAGAUUUGUUUAAUACCAUCACAGCUAUUAAUGCCACAAAGGAUGACGAAGGAAAUUAUACCUGUAUUUUGAGUGGUGGUCGCGAGAGGAAAUUGUACAAGACUGUUGAAAAAAAAUUUUUAGAAAAGCCCUUUAUAAAUUUGACAAAAGGUAAUAAAGAUCAAAUAAUAACAACAGAAGUGGGAAUUAUUCAACUAAGGGCUGAAGUGAUAGCAUACCCUUACCCUACAUUCUCUUUUUAUCGAGAUAAUCAAUUACUGCAAAUGAAUAAUAGUUCAAAGUAUAAAUAUAGAAUUGACAAUCUUUCAAAUGAUGUAGUAUUUACAAUUAAAAAUUUAAAAGUGACAGAUACAGCAAAAUAUACUAUCGUGGCCACUAAUGGACCCGUUAAUAAAAGUGUCACUUUUGACAUACGAAGAAUAGAAAAACCAACAGUAAAGUUUGGUCAAAACCAAGGAAUAAUAUUAUUGGCGAAUACGCAAAGAACUUUGAUGUGCGAAGCAGUUGGUUAUCCGUUACCUGAAAUUAAAUGGAUAUUUACCGAUAACGGUAGUGAAUUUAUAAAUGGAAUUGACGAACAGAAAUCUCUGUACAAAGUUAUAUCUAAGUUAACCGUAACUGCACAUCGCUCUGGAAACAUAACGUGUAUAGCUACAAAUAAAAAAGGAAAUGACUCUGUCUCAAUAGAGUUAUUUAUUUAUGAAAUACCAGACGGAUUUGGUAUUUUAGAUACAAAAGAAUGGUAUUCAGAGAACCAAGAGCUAUCAAUAAGGUGCUUAGCGUCGAUUUAUAAGUUUGAAAAUUCUACUUGGUACGGGCCAAACGGCGAAGAUUUGAAAGAACACGUGACUUAUUUACAAAGCUCCUUUUCGCAUGUAACAAAACUGAAAAUAGAUCCAGUUUCUAUGCAGCAAGCUGGCACAUAUACCUGUGUUGGACAAUAUUUUAACGGCACAGAAGAAACGGCGACUACCAAUGUUAUAGUUGAAGCAAUGAAGGAACCAGUUUUCUUGGAGCCAAAAAUAGAUCGAGAUGAAGAAGUUAGGAUGUUUCAACAAGUGUCGUUUAGCUGCGCAGCUGAUGCUGUGCCAAUACCUAUAGUGGAAUGGCACAAGGAUGGAGAAUUAUUAGAAAACAAAACCGAUGAUUUAAUAAUGUAUAUUGAACGGAAUCACUCUGUUGUGAAUUCUACAAUUUUUAUAGAAAGAAUGAAGGAGGCAUAUACAGGCAAAUAUGAAUGUAUGGUAAUUUACGAUGACCGAUUGCCAAAAAGUAAAUUUGUCAAUUUGAUUAUGAGCGAUUCUAUGCCAUACAGAUCUACUAUACUAAGUGUUACCAUUAUAGUAAUAUUGACAUUGAUCGGUUUGGUCAUAUAUUUGACAUGGAAAAUAAUGAAGGAAAAGAAAUUCAGAAAGGAGCUAGCGGCUGCUGGUCUGUUGUACUUCAAAGAAGGCGUCACGAAGUCCCUGAAUCCUGACCUGGGAAUCGACGAACAGGCAGAGCUUUUGCCUUAUGAUGAAAAGUUUGAGUUUCCACCAGAAAAACUAACACUCGGCAAACAAUUAGGAGCCGGCGCUUUUGGUGUGGUGUACAAGGCGGAAGCUCGUGGUAUAAUCAAUGCGGAAGAAACCACCCCGGUAGCGGUGAAGAUGGUUAAGAAGACAGCCGAUAACAUGUACAUUAAAGCUCUCGCUUCAGAACUCAAAAUAAUGGUGCAUUUAGGAAAGCACAUCAAUAUCGUCAACUUACUUGGUGCCUGCACAAAGAAUGUAGGAAAACGUGAACUGAUCGUAAUCGUCGAGUACUGCAAGUUUGGCAACAUCCACAACUACAUGCAGAAGCACCGCGAUGUAUUUAUCGACCAGCUUACGGAUAACAAAGAGAAGAAUCUCGGUAAAGUCAACAAAGGCUACUCUUCAAGCACUGCCAGUAGCGGAAUAAACUCUGACUACUUUGGCACGAACCACACUCAAGCGACGGACCACACUUUCUUAAACACUGCCAACACUAACAGAUCGGGCAGAAAAGUAUCAGAAACUGGUUAUGUCCAACCAGAGUGGCGGUCGAACUACGAAAGCGAUUACAGUUUCGACGGAAGGAAUCCUAGGCCGCUGACGUCACGGGACCUGCUAGCUUGGGCAUUCCAGAUUGCUAGAGGAAUGGAAUACCUCGCAAGCAGAAAGGUGUUACAUGGAGACUUAGCAGCUCGGAAUGUGCUUUUAGCUGAAGAUAACAUAGUGAAAAUAUGCGACUUUGGUCUCGCUCGAAGCAUUUACAAGAAUGAUGAAUACCAAAAGAAAGAAAACAGUCCACUGCCGGUGAAGUGGUUGGCGAUAGAAUGCAUGACCGAUCGCAUCUUUUCGACGCAAUCGGACGUGUGGUCAUUCGGCAUCGUGUUGUGGGAGAUGUUUUCACUCGCUAAAACGCCGUAUCCGAACAUGAGCCCGCAACACUUGCUGCAGUGGCUUUCUGAAGGACAUAGGCUCGAGAAACCAACGUACGCGGAUGACAGGUUGUAUGACGUCAUGAUGCGGUGCUGGGCACACAAACCUAAUGCUAGACCCUCAUUCACACACUUGCAGGAGCUUUUAGGCUCGUUCUUAGAAGACAACGUCAGGAACCAUUAUGUAGAUUUGAAUUCUGCAUAUAUGGACCUGAACGUGAAGAGUGCUGGCCAGGAAGACUACUUGGCUAUGGUGAGCGCUCCCGAUUACAACAAUCUGGUUACUCCAAGUCCCCACCACUACGUCAACGAUGUAAGGAGUUUCUUCCCACCAACGCCGAAUCAAGUUCCUUUAGACGACGAGGGAUACUUACAAAUGACUCCAAUGAACCCAUCUAUAUUUAGCCCACGGAACCAGACGACUAAAUUCGAUUUCGAUGCGAAAAAGUUCGAUCCCAAAGUGGCCGAAGGUCGUGGCGGUUCAGAAUUAACGCCCAUGUUGACAUUGAACAACUUACCCGCCAGGAGUGGUUCCGAUUCCGACCACGAGGGUCAUUCACCCUACCUCAAAAUGUGCCCAAAAAUUGUAGAAGAGAGCGACGACGUCUUUAGACCGAACGAGAACAACUUGAAAAACAUUCAAAACAGUGCUGUGACUAAUCCCACGUACAUCAGUUUAGAUAUAGACGGUCUAGAGAAGAAACCGAAAGAUAUUAAUAACUAUAUCAAUGUAUCUAAUGGUCUAGUCAAAUAA